GUCAUGACGAGAGUGUAGUCUCUUCCAACGUGGGAAUCUAGCCGCGACUGUGCCGGAAGUAAUAUGGAUCGGUUUAAGAGCUGGCUUAAGGAAUGCAAAUAAAAGAAGGCAAUGUGGAAUCAGAAUCUAAUCAGAAAUAAUUGGCAGGAGCACCUUAAGUCUAGAAGAUCCAUGUGACACAGCUUCCUGAAGACAUGCUGACACUUGUACCAAAGCUAAAUUUCACUUCGUUGAAUGUGGGUUACGUGAAGUCACAUCAUGGGAAGGCUAAGUUUCUCCUGCUUGUUGCCAGCAUCCUGGCAUUUCAGUUUAUCGCCAGUGGCAAUUCCACGAAUCUUAAACAGCACUUUCCGACAAGUUACCUUUGUCAUGGUACUCUUCAUCCUGGUUGUAGUGCUUUACUUCUCUCUCAUCUUGACAAGAAAAAAUAUGUGCUGUCACAUCAGGACAGCCAGUUCCAAAGGUACCUUGCACGAGUUACAGACACUGAAGCUACAGACACUGGUAAUCCCGAUAUAAAUUAUGGAAUUGUAGUAGACUGCGGUAGCAGCGGAUCAAGAGUCUUUGUGUAUUGCUGGCCGAGCCACAACGGAAACCCACAUGAACUUCUGGACAUAAAGCAGAUGCGAGAUGUAAACAGGAACCCUGUGGUUAAGAAGAUCAAACCAGGUAUUUCUGAGCUAGCCAGUACUCCAGAGAAAGCCAGUGACUACUUGUAUCCAUUACUGGACUUUGCUGCACAACAUGUUCCCACUGCAAAACAUAAGGAGACCCCUUUAUACAUUCUGUGUACUGCAGGAAUGAGAAUUCUGCCAGAAAAUCAACAGGAAAGAAUAUUAGAAGAUCUUCGCACAGAUAUUCCAGCACAUUUUGAUUUCCUCUUCUCAGACUCGCAUGCUGAGGUAAUAUCAGGAAAACAGGAAGGGGUUUAUGCAUGGAUUGGAAUCAACUUUGUUCUUGGAAGAUUCGACCACGUUGAUAAUGAAGACAGCCCUGUUGUGGAAGUCCAUGUUCCUGGAAGUGAGAAUCAGAAAGCCCUUGUUCGUAAGAGGACUACGGGUAUAAUUGACAUGGGCGGAGUCUCUACUCAACUAGCAUACGAAGUUCCUCAAACUGUAAGCUUUGCCUCUUCACAGCAGGAGGAAGUUGCUAAAAACUUACUAGCAGAGUUUAACUUGGGCUGCGAUGCCCAUCAGACAGACCACGUAUACAGAGUGUAUGUAGCAACCUUCCUGGGAUUUGGAGGAAAUGCUGCCAGGCAGAGAUAUGAGGAACUCAUAUUUGCAAAAACUGAGUCAGAAAACAGACAACUUGGAAAGCAGACUGGUAUGUCUGCAAACAUGCCUUAUUUGGACCCCUGCAUGCCUGUAGAUUUACAAGAUGUAAUUCAGGUCAGUGGCCAGACCCUGCACAUCCGAGGAACAGGAAACUUCAGCUUGUGUCGUGAAGUAAUUGAGCCAUUAAUGAACAAGUCUAAUGAAACCCAGACUUCUCUCAAUGGUGUCUACCAGCCACCGAUUGCUUAUGAGAACAGUGAAUUCUAUGGCUUCUCUGAAUUUUACUACUGUACAGAGGAUGUACUUCGCAUGGCUGGAGAGUACAACGCUGCUAAAUUUGCCAAGGCUGCUUUGGAUUACUGUGCAACAAAAUGGGCAACUCUGAAAGGAAGGUUUGAUCAAGGACUCUAUGCUUCGCACGCUGAUCUUCACAGGCUGAAGUAUCAGUGCUUCAAGUCAGCAUGGAUGUAUACAGUUUUUCACAAUGGUUUCUCCUUCCCAACGAGCUAUCGUAGUCUGAAGACUGCUCUGCAGAUAUAUGAUAAAGAGGUGCAGUGGACACUGGGAGCAAUUCUGUACAGAACUCGGUUCUUGCCUUUGAGGGAUAUUCAGCAAGAAAACUUCAGAGGAAACCACUCACACUGGAGAAGCUUUGCUUUUGUUUACAACCAUUAUUUAUUUUUUGUUUGUUUCUUGGUUGUCGUUUUGUCAAUUCUUCUAUAUCUGCUGAGGUUGAGAAGGAUCCAUCACAGAAUGCAGAGGAACACCUCUUCAUCUGCUCUUUGGAUGGAAGAAGGGAUUCCUGCACAGAACCUCCCAGGCACCUUAUAAAACAAACUGCACAAUGAAAAAGACUGAAAAGCCACGUACUACUUCCUUUUAGGUUACUGUUUUAUCUGAAUGCCAUGGGGGUGGCAAGAAAUUCUGGAAGCAGAGGAAACAAAUUGUGUUGAAGUAACUUUUGCAGCCAAGAUGGAGCUGUAAGGUUGGCUGAUGUAGGAUGUACAGUCAAGGGGUUGAAAAAAUCCUUUUUGGACUGUAGAAGUAAACUCUGUGGAACUAGAAGAAAGGCAGUCUACAGUACGUGUGUCAAGAGCAGGCAAAGUGGCAUUCCUGAUGCACAUAUGACCGCUAGCAGAUGAAUGAGUGGGUGCAACAGUAUAUUAUGCUUUUGACAGAGUAGGACUUGCACAAUAGUGCUUGUUGCACAGGAUAUACGUGUGCAUUUUGACAGCCGAAGUCUUCUAGUCUUUCUUUCGGCUUUUCCCGGUUAGGGGUCGCCACAGCAGAACUCCGGUCUGCUAAUGAUUGGCAGUAGAUUUUUACGUGCUGGCUUGCCGGGCUUAACGCACAACCUGCAAUGAAGGAAGGCCCAUUCACGCAUGUCGACAUACAGAAGACGCUCUAACUGAGAAUUGAACAUGCAACGUCUAACUGUGAGGCGACAACGCUACCGCAGCACCACCACCGCAGUAUAUCCCCACCACCGCUGCUACUGUGUAGUGGUGGGUUUUUUGUCCUUAGACUGCCUCUUUAAUUUACCAGUUUGGUGUUCUUGUUAUCUGCCAGAAAAAUGCUGCCCUUAACCCAAGUUUCCUUCUUAUACUGCACUUAUGUGUUGAAAUCCUAGUAUUACAUUUAAAUCCAAAGCACAUAAGCAAAACACUGUAAAGAAUGGAAGACCUGCUGAAGAAAAUUAGCCCAAAAAUAUGCAAACCUGCAUAUUAGGAGAGGGUAUUUUCCUGAUUUAAGCUCGCCUUUAUAAUUUGUAUAGCCUGCCUUUUUAUUCAAGUAGUAUAGCCUGUCACAAUCUGUACUUUUUUCUUGUUUUAUUUGAGCCCAACAAAUUUUUCCCCUAAAAUAAUUAAAAUUCUGUUUUUUACAUAGAUGCAUAUCUAAAUUGUUUUAAACAUUACUGUACUGUUGUGUGUCUCAAAUGUGCAUUUCCUGAAAAAUCCCCUAUACAAACACAGGCCCAGCACGUCCAGGCAAGAAUAGUGUAUUCUGGCUUUCCAACUUCAUUUUCCUGUCUAAAAUGUACGUUCUGUGUGUGAAAAUACUUAAGUCUUUACCUCUGGAACUUAGAUUUACCCAUUGUCUACAAAGACUCUGUAAUAUUCUAGAUGUAUGCCAGGUAUGUUCUUGCACAGACAGCUGUUUUGGAAAGCUGAAGUUUCAUUUCCUCCUCACAGCAAGAUGUUGUGUGCUUAGUUCUUGCCUAGGACAUCUUCUGUGUAGAGUGUGCAUGUUUUCUGCAGCUGCUCUAGCUUCUCACCUGCUCCUAAAGACACACAGUAGGUGAGUUAAUGUUCUCUAAAUUGCCUGUAGGUGUGCAUGCAGUGUGUGAUUUAAAUUGUGUGUUCUGAGGUAGAUCAGCUUCCUGUCCAGAUCAGAUUUAGUGCCUUGUACCCAUUGGCUGCCAUAGUAGACUUGAGUGUCCUCAUAACGUAAGUGGGCUGUCUGAAAAGGAUGGGUCGAGUUUUACGAUCCGCUGUUGUCUUAUUUCAGUCUCACUGCAGUGUAUUUCAAUAUAGAUUAACUAAUAGCAAAGGGUUGAAUAAGUAAUGCCUUUUCAUAUUUGUAAAUUAAUUAUUCCCUUUCAUAAAGAGGACUUUAUUUCACAGUGAUGCGUAAUACUGUUUGUACUUUGAGAGGUGUAUCCCGAGCCGUCUGCAGAUUCUGUCCUUGUAGAUACCAACAUUACUAGACAGCAUAGUGCAGAAUUCAAGUAAUGGACUGUUAAAGUAGAAACAAUUGAAGUCUCAGUUUAACAAAUCAGAGCCAGUGCUAGCACCCAACCACUUGAGUACUUUGGUGACAUUCUAAACCAGUUCAGAGAGUGGACUAACUAGAGUACUUAGGGCAUUAUUGCUUUACUUUUAAAGGAUACCUGAAUUUCUCAAGAUGUCAUCACCCUGUUAUUUAAGGGCAGAAAGCUUGUAGGCAUCCCUCUUGAUAUUGAGGGUGACCAAAACAACAUUAAAGAGUUCAGGUUAUAUGUUUCAAACCACGUAUAGGUGGAGAUUGCAAGAUCAAACCCAAGACUGCCAUGAUAUUUCAGAGUUACUCCUGUUCGUCCAAAAUAGUGUCAGACCAAAAAUGUGUGGAGGUUAUCAAAUAUUUGCUAACUAAUAAUGACAUGUGAGUUAUUCAUUCAGGUAGAUGUAGAUGCUGUGGUUGUGUGGUUGGGGGUAUGCACAGACAGUUUUAGAAGUUUGUUUAGCGAUGGUACGUCCCCUUAGUCUCCAACACAGGAAAAUACAACUGUUAUGCUUCUUUCAAGUCUAGUCUCCAGCAGAAGGGCAUUAGGAACAUCUUGUAAGGUUUCAUCCAGGUAAUUCCUGUUGAGGAUGUUAGCACAGUGUUUUGGGCUUCACAUGAAACAUCAGCAGAAAGCCCCUUGCAUAGCUGAAGAGCUUUUAAAGCAGUGUAUUUAAUCAAAUGUCAUUCCCUGUAAAAGCACUUGCCUUGACUGUAGUAAAAUAUUCAGCAAGUUAGAGCUUGUACAGCUCUUAAGCUUGAAAAAUGUGUGCUGUCACAGUGUGACUUAAUUUUUUCACAUUUUGUUGCCUGCCUCAGUAGGAAGCUUUUUUUUUCAUUGCCUGAUAUUGCUGCUGAAAGAAUUAUCUAAAAUCCCUGCCUUGGUGCAGAGCAUUUUAAUUCAUUCUGAAAUUCCUGUCUUGGUGCAGAGCAUAUAAUUCAUCAGCUGUGAUCAUCCUUGAAAAAUAUGAAAACAAGAAUACUAGAAUAUGCUAUCACCUUGCCUGCAUCUUUUUUUAAUGAUGAAAAUGUAAGACAUGGGACAGUAAACAUGACACUUUAGUUAUUUUUUUCAGGAAGAUGUUUUCUGUGUUUAUUUAUUAGCUUAUAGUGUUUAAAUAUCUGAUAUGUGUCUUAUCACAUACUUGUUUGUCUUCGUUCUUGUUAUAAAGAACAUUGAGUAAUGAAUGUAAAGGGGAGGAUUAAAGUGCUGAAUACUUUCAAACAUUGAAUUUCAAAAUUUCUGAAACUGCACAUACUUUCUUUGUUAUAAUACUUAACUGUCUAUAUUUGUUGAGGGAUUUUCUUUUGCUCAGUUGUGUCCAGAUUAAGAUUUUCAUUAUUGUAUGAUCUGUUUCUCCAGCGGCACUUAUUUUCUAAAAUGUGAAAGUAUUUUAAAUUUUGGGAAGUGUGCUUCACUUCCUGAGUGACCGAAUAAAGAACAGUUGGAGAUAA